UUCAUCAACACAAUCAAUUGAUUAUAUUGUUUAAAACUGCCCUGGAUCUGAUGCCAUCCGAUAAUCACAAAAUUGUAAUCAGAGCUGAUAAAACACCUGCAGGUCAACAUACAAGACGUUUUAAUGCACCAACUAUUGAUGAAGUUGCUAUCGUUGUAGUUGGAGAAAACUUGGAAUCCCGUGAUAUUGUUUUACGUCGUCGGAAUGAUCAAUUACAACGUAUAAAGGAAACACACCGCUCAUAUGAUGCACUGCAAUAUCCCAUUAUAUUUUGGCAAGGUGAAGAUGGCUACGAUUUCUCAAUAAAAAUGAUAAAUCCCAUUGCAGGUUCUGAAACCAACAAAAAAGUCAGUUCAAUGAACUAUUAUUCAUACCGCCUAAUGAUUCGGGAAAAUGAAGAUAAUCACAUAUUGAAAUGUCGGCGAUUAUAUCACAAAUAUGUUGUUGACAUGUAUGUUAAAAUUGAAACGGAGAGAUUAACAUUCAUCAGGUUGAAUCAAACCAAACUCCGAUCUGAAGAGUAUAUUCACCUUCGAGAUGCGAUUAAUACUGAUGGAAAUGCACAGAAUGUCGGUCGGAUGACUAUUCUUCCAGCAACAUACAUCGGAAGCCCUCGGCAUAUGCACGAAUAUGCUCCAGAUGCCAUGUCGUAUGUUCGUCAUUAUGGUACAGCAGAUUUGUUCAUCACAUUUACAUGCAAUCCGCAAUGGAUAGAAAUCAAUCAGGAGUUAUUCUCUGGGCAAUCACCCAUUGAUCGUCAUGAUAUUACAGCCAGAGUCUUUGGACAAAAGUUGAAAUCUUUAAUGGAUUUCAUCGUAAAACAUAAUGUGUUUGGUGAGACACGCUGCUGGAUGUAUUCUGUGGAGUGGCAGAAACGAGGAUUGCCACAUGCACACAUUUUGAUUUGGUUGGUUGAAAAUAUAAGGCCAAAUGAAGUUGAUGCAGUGAUAUCAGCUGAAAUCCCAAAUGUACAAGUAGAUCCUGGAUUGCAUGAGGUAGUUAUCAAAAACAUGAUACAUGGUCCCUGUGGAACUCUUAAUCAAAAUUCACCGUGUAUGAUGGAUGGUAAAUGUUCAAAACGAUAUCCACGGACAUUAAUAUCAGAAACAAUUACUGGUAAUGAAGGUUAUCCAUUGUAUCGUCGCAGAUCGACAGCAGACAAUGGAAAAUCAACAAUUGUCAAAUUAAAUCAACAAGAUAUUGAAAUAGAUAAUCGUUGGAUUGUUCCAUAUUCACCCAUUUUAUCAAAGACAUUCAAAGCACACAUCAACGUUGAAUCUUGCCAUUCAGUGAAAUCUAUUAAAUACAUUUGCAAAUAUGUAACCAAAGGGAGUGAUAUGGCUGUGAUUGGAAUUGGUGCAGAGAAUUCCAAUGAUGAAGUUACCCAAUACCAAAUGGGCCGCUAUGUCAGUAGUAAUGAAGCAGUUUGGCGAAUAUUUUCUUUUCCUAUUCAUGAGAGACACCCUUCUGUUGUUCACUUAGCUGUGCAUUUAGAAAAUGGACAAAGAGUGUAUUUUACAGCACAGAACGCAGUACAAAGAGCUGCUCAGCCACCAUCUACUACAUUAACCAGUUUUUUUGAGACAUGCCAAAACGAUGAUUUCGCACAAACGCUAUAUUCUGAAAUGCCAAAAUAUUAUACCUGGAAUCAAUCCUCAAGGAGAUUUAUACGACGGAAACAAGGAAAACCAGUUCCAGGAUAUACAGAUGUAUAUUCCACCGAUGCGAUUGGCCGGAUUUAUUCAGUACAUCCAAGCAAUGAUGAAUGUUUUUACUUACGACUGCUAUUAGUCAAUGUACGUGGCCCAACAUCAUUCCAACAGUUACGAACUGUUGAUGGCCUGACCGCGCCCAAUCGUCCAAUGCAUGACGCUUUUAACCAAGAGUUGCAUCGAGAAAGACUGUAUGAUCUCAACGCUUUGAAAGAAUUAAUUCAACAAAUCUUCUACUUAACAAAUGAUGAAACUGGAGGGAUUUACUUCUUAGAUGCACCUGGUGGUACAGGAAAAACUUUUUUGAUUUCAUUAAUAUUAGCAACAAUUCGCUCACAAAAUAAAAUUGCACUUGCACUCGCUUCGUCGGAAUCGCAGCAACUUUGCUUGAAGGUGGUCGAACAGCCCAUUCAGCACUAA